AUGUCCAGUCAAUUCCCAUCGCUGAAGCGAGCCCAGACGGAUCUCCCCGCGCAGUCCUCAAGUCCGUUACGACACGGGUCAAACGCGUCCACCAAUUCAUCCGCAUACUCGGUCGGAUCCAGCUCAUUUGCCCCAAGCCGGACAAGCACGGUCUCUUCCAAUGCGUCUGUAAUGAGUCAACUAGGUCAUCACCGAGGAAAGAGCGAGGCAAGUGGAGUUAUAAUGGAGUCAAAGAAUGGAGGUUUGGCGAGUGCUGGCUCGACUUAUGAGAAUAUUCGCCGCUCUUUACGACCCUUGCAACAAGCACCCAACAUCGCUCCAACGCCCUCCAACUCUGGUGCAUAUCGACACUCCCGCAGCCACACCAUCGACGAACAACAGUACUUCAAAGAUAUUCGACCGCGCACCCCAGAGUCACACCAUGUCAAUUUCAAGGAAAAUGAAUCACCCCGUUAUAAAGCGCCUGCACUUGAGCCCCAGACACCUCCCCCGCAUGGAGCUUCGCCCCGCCACUGGUCGCCCACCCCAACCCCAGGAUCAUCCAGACCUUCAUCACCUCAAAAGGCCUUGCCCGGAAGCCCCCGCCCAGCCCAACUUACAACUACCCUCUCCACCCCGGAGCUCGAAACUUUCCAAAAAUCAUCCACAAGGCACCUGAGAACACUGUCCAAAUUCGCACAAUCCGGCGAGGGCGAAGAGUUUCAACUUGCGUCGGCAACGGCUUCUGUGAUUGGUCUGCAAGGACGGCGAAGAUUAAAGCGGGCAGGAUCUGUGACUGGGAGGAAUGGCGCCAUAUCACCAGAAAAGCCCAAAGUGUCCUCAUGGGCUGCUGGAAAUUGGAUGGAUCAACAGCGGCAAUUCCUGCAAGCGUAUGAAUAUCUGUGCCACAUUGGCGAGGCCAAAGAAUGGAUCGAGGAAGUGAUGAAAAAGGAAAUCCCGCCAAUUGUUCAAUUGGAAGAAGCAUUGAGAGAUGGUGUCACUCUCGCAGAGGUGGUGCAAGCAAUGUAUCCUGACCGAACUUUGCGCAUAUUUCGAAACGCAAAGCUACAGUAUCGCCACUCUGACAAUAUUGCCUUAUUCUUCAGAUUCCUGGAUGAUAUCGAGCUACCCGAGCUCUUUCGAUUUGAACUCAUUGAUCUCUACGAGAAGAAGAAUCUUCCGAAAGUUAUCCACUGUAUCCAUGCUCUAUCUUGGCUACUGUUCAAAAAUGGCAUGCUGGACUUCCGCAUGGGUAACCUGGUUGGUCAACUUGAAUUCGAACACCACGAACUCGAAAAAACGCAAAAGGGCCUUGACAAAGCAGGUGUCAGCAUGCCGAGCUUUGCGGGCAUGGCUGCGAACUUCGGUGCGGAGCCAGAACCCGAGCCCGAGCCCGUGGAAUCGGAGGAGGAGCGAAUAGACCGGGAAUUGCACGAACACGAAAGCGCAAUCAUUGAUUUCCAGUCUCAAAUUCGAGGAGCUAUCAUGCGCUUGAAGCUUGGAAACACCAUGAAUGACCUUUGGGAUUUUGAACCACUACUCAUCGAAUUGCAAUCGCGUAUGCGGGGCGACUGGGCUCGUCAAGUUAGCCAGUAUCGUCUCCAAAUGCGUCAGUUUGCGGUUCGACUCCAAGCAGUCAGUCGUGGUUUCAUUGUUCGCCACCGCCAACAAGGCGAUAUGCAGUGCCGCAAGGCCCAAGAAUGCGAUAUUCUUGACCUUCAAAGUCUCAUUCGGGCCUCCAAGCUAAGAGCUCAAACAAAUCUACUACAAACUCGCGUCCGGAAAGAGCAAUCUGGAAUAAAGACCUUCCAAGCAGCAAUUAGAGGUGCCCUGCAGCGCAAGGCUGUGGCUGAUCAAUACGAAAACACCCGCCAUGCAGAGAAUGAUGUUACCGCCCUGCAAGCAGCAAUCAGAGGUGCUCUCCAGCGAAAGGUUGUUGGUGACCAAUACGGAGAAACUCGAUCUGCGGAGAAUAAUGUAACUGCCCUUCAAGCAGCCAUUAGGGGCGCUCUUCAACGAAACAUUGUUGCCGAACAAUACGAACAGAGCCGGUCUGCGGAAAAUGACGUGAUCGCCCUUCAGGCGGCAAUUAGAGGUGCCCUUCAGCGAAAUAUUGUUGCCGAUCAAUACGACCAGACUCGAACGGUGGAAAAUGAUGUGAUCGCCCUUCAAGCUGCCAUCCGUGGUUCUUUGCAACGGACUCGAAUGAGUGACCAAUCACAGCAAGUUGAGAAAGCGAGCGGCCCAGUCAAGUCCCUUCAGGCUAUAAUUCGUGGCACCCUUGCUCGUCAGCACGUGGCCCAAGUCAAUGCUUCCCUGCACUGUGAGAGCGCCGCUUUCACCAUUCUGCAAGCAGGUGCCAGGGCACUCGCAGCAAGAAAUCGCCAUUCAAGCCUGGUGGGCGCCUUGCUAGAAACCGAACAGCAGUCUAUCGAGUUGCAAGCCUUGGUGCGAGGUGGUGCGGUCAGGCAGAAGACUGAUGCUCUUCGUGAGGAGCUAGCGCAUCAUACUAUAUCUGUCACGGAUCUGCAGGGACUAAUUAGAGCUAACGCUUUACGACAAUUCCUGGAAUCGCAACACAAUGAGCUUAUGAAUGCCGAAAGCACCGUGCUAGAUGUGCAGGCAAUGGCGAGAGGAAUGAUACAGCGUCAGUACCGGGAUGCGGAACGGAAAGCGCUUGAACAACAUGAACAUGCUAUUGUGGAGAUUCAAUCACUCUCUCGUGCAGCUCUGGAGCGUAUGAAAGUCGGCGAUAUCCUCAAUAGCCUUGAAGACAACGAGGAAGAAGUGGUGGAGCUUCAAGCCCUGGCUCGGGCCAUGAUUCUUCGAGUUCAUGUCGGCGAGAUGCUUGCUGAACUGGAGGAUGAGGAGGACAUUAUCACAGACCUGCAAGCUUGUAUUCGUGGAACCAUCGUCCGUAACCGCUUCGAGGAACGACGCCAUCAUUACAACACGAACAUGGAGAGGGUUAUCAAAGCUCAAAGCGUCAUUCGGGGUCGUAUUCAAGGCCGAGCCUACAAGAGCUUGACGAGUGGAAAGAACCCACCCGUUGGAACAGUGAAAGGCUUUGUGCAUCUGUUAAAUGACAGCGACUUUGACUUUGACGAGGAAAUCGAGUUCGAAAGACUACGGAAGGCAGUUGUUCAACAGGUCAGACAAAACGAGAUGGCAGAGCAGUAUAUUAGCCAGCUUGAUAUCAAGAUUGCGCUACUAGUCAAGAACAAAAUCACCCUUGAUGAAGUAGUCAAGCACCAAAAGCACUUCGGCGGUCACAUUGGGAACCUGCUUUCCAACACUGAUAUCUCGUCUAAAGAUCCAUAUGAUCUGAAGGCCUUGAACAAAACCUCAAGAAGAAAGUUGGACCAAUACCAGGUCUUUUUCUUCCUUCUGCAGACCCAAUCACAAUAUCUCGCAAGACUGUUCCGGCGACUUCGUGAAACCAACACUUCAGACAAGGAAUAUGAGCGAAUCAGACAUCUGAUGAUGGGUUUGUUUGGUUACUCCCAGAAACGCCGAGAAGAAUAUUACCUUGUGAGGCUUCUUGCACGCUCUGUCAAAGAGGAUAUCGAAAGCUUUGCGACAUUGUCCGAGUUCCUGCGCUGUCACUCGUUCUGGAACAAACUGUUCGGUUCCUAUGCCAAGUCACCCCGAGACCGGAAGUUUAUGCGUGAUGUUUUGGGCCCGGUGGUGAAGGAAUCUAUCAUUGACAAUCGAGAACUCGAUCUUGAAAGCGACCCGAUCCAAAUCUACCGUUCCUCCAUCAAUAAUGAGGAGCUCCGCACGGGCCAACGCAGCCGGCGACCUGCGGACCUUCCCCGGGAAGAAGCAAUCAGAGAUCCUGAGACCCGGGAAACGUUCAUUCAGAACCUUCAAGAUCUGCGUGAUGUUGCUGACCAAUUUUUUGCGGCUCUCGAGGAUUUCUUGUAUCGCAUGCCUUUUGGAAUCCGAUACCUCACCAAGCAAAUGUAUGAGAAUCUGCUUGCUCGUUUCCCCAACGAGGACCCUGGAUUCGUUCUCCAGACUGUCGGUCACUGGGCAUGGAAGAGUUACUUCCAGCCGGCAGUGCUAGAGCCAGAGAAGUAUGGCGUGGUGGACCGUGGCCUAACACAGGAACAGAAGAGGAAUCUUGGGGAAAUCGCGAAGGUCGUUGCGCAGGUCGCUUCUGGUAGACUCUUCGGUGCCGAAAAUGUCUACCUUCAACCUUUAAAUACUUACAUCGGCGAGUCAAUACAACGCUUAGGACGCAUUUGGGGGCAGAUGAUUUCGGUCCAGGAUGCAGAAGCCUACUUUGACAUUGAUGAAUUUAAUGAUCUUUAUGCGAAGGCUAAACCGACUUUGUACAUUAAAAUGUCCGACAUUUUUUCCAUCCAUCAACUUGUCGCCUCACAGAUUGAAUUCAUGUGUUCACACCCCGACGACUUCCUCAAACAGCUCGUGCGGGAUUUGGGCAACGUGAAGAGCAACGAGAAUGAAUUGAUGAGUGUCAGCUCCACUGAGAUUAACCUCACACUCAACCCAAAGCUAGCUCAGGUUGAAGAUCCGGAAGCAGCCGUUAAGGCUCUGUUCAUGGAGACUAAGCGAUGCAUUCUAUACAUCAUUCGGGUUCAAAGUGGCACCAGCUUGAUGGACAUCAUGCUCAAGCCACCCAGUGCUGAAGAUGAAGAGCGCUGGGAAACUUUGGUGCGAGAAGAACUGAGUACAGGCAACCCACGCCGGGGAGCUUACUCUGAGGCUAGCACGUUGAUCGAUAUUGGCUCAAUGAGUUAUUCGGAACUGAAGGGUACCGCUUUGGAGAACAUCCUUCGCCUCGAGCAAGCUGGCAAGAUCAGUCGGCACAACCACUACCAGGAUCUUCUCAACGCCAUCGCCAUCGAUAUCCGAACAAAACAUCGACGAAGAAUCCAGCGUGAGCGUGAAUUGGAGGGUGCACGCCUGACCUCGAACCGUCUCAGUGAUCAAGCCUCUUAUUUGGAGGGACAACUCAAGACCUACAACGAUUACAUUGAGCAGGCCAUGAUCACACUUCAGAACAAGAAGGGAAAGAAGCGAUUCUUGAUGCCAUUCACCAAGCAGUGGGAUCACCAGCGAGAACUGCAGAAAUCCGGCAAGGUCUUCAAAUUUGGAUCCUAUAAGUACUCCGCUCGCAAUCUGGCCGAUCGCGGUGUGCUUGUUGCCUGGAAGGGCUAUUCUGAUCGGCAAUUCGAGAGGGUGGACUUGACAAUUUCCAGUAACGAAGUGGGUGUGUUUACCAUGGACGGCAGCAGUGGCAACAUGAUGGUUCCAGGUGCCAAUGCCCAGGUCCCCCUUGAUGACCUAUUGCAAGCUCAAUUCAACAACACACAAUACAUGGACUUUUUUGAGGGGCAGAUGAGGGUCAAUGUGAACCUUUUCUUGCACCUGAUCAUGAAGAAGUUCUAUAAUGAAUAA